AUGGGUGGAACUAGACAUUACAUUUUAAUUAAAGUUGACAAGCAUUUUUUUUUUCUUCACUUUUUAAUAAAUUGCGUUGAUGAACUGUUCACAGUAAGACUAUAAAGGUGAAUUAAUACAGUAAAUAUGGUAAUUUAUUUUAAAUUGAUAUUACAGAGUAACGGCUGAAUUUGACGUCACGAGCUGUGAUGACGUCUCAUACGAACUUGACUGGAGUAGCGAGCGCGCUGCCGCUUUAACACCAACCCUCAUUGAAAAUGAAAUAAUGUGUCUUAUAUGUAAACUCGGAAUGUAUUUAUGAUGUAUAUAGUUUAUAGACGUGUUGAGGGUUGUGUAAACUCAUCUAAGUCAUCCGGCCCGCGCCUCUGACAAGCUCCUGACAGGUUGUAGUGUUUAGCGAUUAAUCGAAACUCCGUGUGAAUCAGAACAGUAAUGGAGUUAUUCUGUCAUGAAAGUAUUGAACCGGACUCGAGUUCUCAGAUGAACCCCAAACCGGUUCGGGCGUUCAGUGACGCGGUUCUGACCCGAGAUUUGCGGGUCCGACAGAACCUGCUGAUCUCCGAGAGACCGAGCAUCAGCACCGAACCCAAAUCCGGGGUCGAACAGACCGACGUCCAGCCGUAUAUGCGCCGAAUACUCGCUGGGUGGAUGCUGCAGGUGUGCGAGGACCAGAAGUGCGAGGAGGAAGUGUUUCCGCUGGCGAUGCAUUACCUGGACAGGUAUAUGUCGCAGUAUCCUGUGCACAAAAACCACCUGCAGCUGCUGGGAUCGGUCUGCAUGUUCCUGGCGUCUAAACUACGGGAAUCAGUUCCUCUGAGCGCCACCAAACUCUGCGUCUACACGGACCACGCCGUGACACUUCCAGAAAUCCUGCAGUGGGAGGUGCUGGUGGUGUCGCGGCUGAAUUGGGACCUGGCCUCAGUGUUGCCUUCUGACUUCCUGGAGCUGCUACUGCAGGGUCUACCAAUCACAUCGCAGAACCCCGCGGUCAUAUGGCGACACGUGCACUCCUAUAUCGCCCUGACCGCCACAGAGUUACGGUUCUCAGUCUUCACUCCGUCUACAGUGGCGUGUUCAUGUGUGACGGCAGCUGUGAUCCGACUGAAAGUCCUGACAGAGUCGUUAAACACUGAUGAUCUCCUGCAGCUCACGAGGAACAUCUUAGAUGUGGACACGGCGUCUCUGCGUGAGUGUUACUCUGCUCUGGAGGAGACGAUCGACCUCACGCUGACCUCUACACCUGCGACUGACUCACCUGAGCUCACCAGCACACCUGUCAACGUACAGGAUGUCAAACUGUGACAGGUGGAUGUAUCAAAUCCACACUAGACCAUCAUUAUCAAAUGCAGUUAAAUCAAUUCUAGCACUUUCUUGUCUAUCGUUGACGGUUCCGCUGUACUAAAAUGCAUCAUUGUUUGUAAAGUUGACAGUGUUCACAUUUAACGUUCGUUUCUUCAAUGUUUGAAGAGUCAUUUUUGAUUUAGCAGAUAUUUGCAUUGCCAUCAAACACCGAAACGCUGAUGCAAACGUUGCCGUUUCAUCGUGUUAGCACUCAUUUUAUACAUACUAACUGAACACUACUGCUUUAGGUAUUAAACUAAUACAUUCUUCUUUGAGAUUAAUGUUAU